GUCAGUAUCGAGCGCUCUCAUUGGCCCGUCCUUCAGCCAAUGACAGAAACGGUUGUACGCAGGUCUCUCUGUUUUCAACGUGAGCGGUGUUUCUCUACCUUGGUUAGCUACUGACUGUAAAACAUCAUGCUCCGUCGAGAGGUCAGACUGAGGCGGGAGUACCUGUACAGGAAGGCACAGGAGGACAGGCUCCGCACAAUAGAGGAAAAGAAACAGAAGCUUAAAGGCGCACUUGAAGAAAAUCGUUUGCUUCCGACUGAGGUGCGCAAAGAUGCGUUGCAGCUACAGAAACUACUGGAGUUUGAUGAUGAAGGGGCAGAAGGUGUCAGCUCUCAUGUGGACGAUGAGUACAAAUGGGCUGGAGUGGAAGAUCCCAAAGUCAUGGUCACCACAUCCAGAGACCCGAGCUCCAGGCUCAAAAUGUUUGCCAAGGAGGUUAAGUUGAUGUUCCCUGGAGCCCAGCGCAUGAACAGAGGAAACCAUGAGAUUGCUGCGCUGGUGGGAGCCUGCAAAGCCAACAGUGUUACCGACCUCGUCAUCCUGCACGAAACAAGAGGACAGCCAGAUGGCCUGGUUGUGUGCCACUUGCCAUUCGGACCCACUGCUUAUUUCACACUUUACAACGUGGUAAUGAGGCACGAUGUUCCUGACAUAGGCACCAUGUCUGAGGCCUACCCCCACCUCAUAUUUCACAACUUCACCUCACGGCUUGGCAAGAGGGUAUCGAAUAUCCUCAAGUAUCUUUUUCCAGUACCAAAGGAUGACAGUAGGCGGGUAAUCACCUUUGCCAACCAAGAGGACUUCAUCUCUUUCAGACAUCACACCUACAAGAAAACAGACCACAAGAAUGUAGAGCUAACAGAAGUGGGCCCCAGAUUUGAAAUGAAAUUGUACAUGAUCAAACUGGGCACCCUGGAGAAUGAGAGCACCGCAGAUGUCGAGUGGCGUCACCAUGCGUACACACACACAUCAAAGAAGAGGAGGUUCCUCAGCGUGCAAUAGAAAAUAAAAAAUGAACUAAUAAAGCAUAUGUAUAAAAGUUGUGCUUUUUGGUUUACGGUAUUCCUGAAUAUAAGUGAGAAGAGUAACACAUUUGAAAGAUGUACACUGAUCAGCCAUAACAUCAUGAACACCUGCCUGAUGAAUUGAAGCAUGGACUCCACUAUAUUUGAACAUGUGCUCUGGAAUCUUAGAUGCAAAUCCUUUAGGUCCUGCAAGCUGUGAGUGGCCACAUAAAGCAGACUUUUUUUUGUCUUGAUUCAGUUGAGAUCUGGGGAAAUUAGAGGCCAAGACAACUCCUUCAAACCAUUCCUGAAUCAUUUUUGCUUUGUGGUAAGGGGCAUUAUCCUGCUGUAAGACAACACUGCUAUCAGAAUAAUACAGUUUCCAUUAAAGGGUAGCCAUGGUUGGACCCACCUACUGUGACGUGCCUUCUUCCAAUACAUCCUUGUGCCAUGUGUUCACCCAAUCACUUGCACUGCUCCACAUACAAAACGUGAAUAUGGAGCCGUCAGUUAUGACUGAUCUGUGUAUGUGUUAACAAAAAACUCCUUUUUGGAUUACAGUAUGUCUGAAUGAUAAGUGAGGAUAGCCCAGAGUAGAAUAUCACAUACGAGAAGAGAUUUAUAAUCACUUUAAUGGUUUAAUGAGUGAACCCCCAGCAUAUUGUCAGUGACACCGAAAACAUUGUAACAGAUGAGUAAAGCUCAUCUAAAAUUAAACUACUUUUUCACAAUACUGUAUUGUCUGUGUCGAACUGUUUGGGAUUUUUAUUAUGAUAAAAUGAGUUUUUAUGCAUCUG